AUGCUCUGUCAUCGAACACCGUUCCUGGGGCAUUUUGCUCGGCAGUACGCUCGCUCACUAACGGCAAGAACGAUGUCAACAAAUAAUAAGUUUGACCUUCCUGCGCGAUAUCAAGGUGCGACAAAGAGUGUGUGGGUGGAGUAUAUUCAGCUGGCGCUGCAAUACAAACCGCUUAAUCUUGGCCAAGGAUUCCCGGACUAUCAUGCACCCAAGUAUGCGCUGAAUGCGUUGGCCGCCGCGGCCAAUAGUCCAGAUCCGUUGGCGAACCAGUAUACGCGUGGUUUCGGUCAUCCGCGACUCGUGCAGGCAUUGAGCCGGAUGUAUUCGGGAUUGGUUGGUCGCACGAUUAAUCCGCUCAGCGAGAUACUGGUGACGGUUGGCGCGUACGAAGCACUGUACGCAACGAUUCAAGGUCAUGUGGAUGAAGGGGACGAAGUCAUCAUAAUUGAACCUUUCUUCGAUUGCUACGAACCGAUGGUGAAAGCUGCUGGCGGUGUGGCUCGUUUCAUUCCUUUGGUACCGACACAAACCGGUCGGACAAUAUCUUCGGAUGAUUGGAAGCUGGAUCCGAUCGAGCUGGCCAAACUGUUCAACGAGAAAACGAAAAUGAUCAUUAUCAAUACGCCCCAUAACCCGCUGGGAAAGGUCAUGAGUCGGCAGGAACUGGAAAUGGUUGGGGAUUUGUGCAAGCAGUGGAACGUCCUUUGCGUGUCGGACGAGGUCUACGAACACAUGGUGUACGCACCGUACCAGCACGUGCGUAUAUGCACGCUGCCGGAUAUGUGGGAACGCACGAUCACGAUCGGUUCGGCGGGAAAAACGUUCUCGCUGACCGGCUGGAAGAUCGGUUGGGCUUACGGGCCUGAAGCAUUGAUGCGAAAUUUGCAGAUGGUGCACCAGAACUGUGUGUAUACGUGUGCGACACCGAUCCAGGAAGCGAUCGCAGUAGGCUUUGAAAAGGAGCUUGAUCAGCUGACCAGCCCGGAGUGCUACUUUAACAGCAUUUCGACCGAGCUCGUUACGAAGCGAGAUUAUAUGGCGCGUUUCCUUGAGGACAUCGGUAUGCAUCCAACGAUACCGCAAGGCGGAUACUUUAUGGUGGCCGAUUGGUCGCAGCUCGCCGAUAAGGUUGAUCUGUCCCAGGAAACCGAUAGGUAUCGCGACUAUCGCUUCACCAAGUGGAUGACCAAAACGGUCGGGCUGCAGGGCAUUCCACCGUCCGCGUUCUAUAGCGACGAACAUAAACCGCUCGGGGAAAAUUUCGUGAGGUAUUGCUUCUUCAAGCGGGAUGACACACUGGAACGUGCCGCAAACAUUUUAACCGAAUGGAAGGGCAAAACAAAGUCCAACUAA